CGGGCGCCGGAAGUGACGUAAAAUCGGCGCCGCGGCCACUCGUUGUGGGGAACGUGAAGACUUCUAGGGAGCGGCGUCGCCUCUCGCGCCAUGGCCGACACUGCCGGAGCCGUUGCCGUCUGGCGGUACCGUGGCGACCCUGAGGCUGGGCAGCCGGCGACGAUGGUGCAGUUCUCCAACGGCAGGCUGCAGCGCUCCGACUCUAUGCAGUUCACCAUCUACCGGCACAAAGAUACAGCUCAUCCCCGAAGGAAGCACCAGAGGAUCCUGGUCUCUGAAACUGACAGGCUUUCAUAUGUGGGCAAUAACUUCAGUAGCGGAGUUACGAAGGGCAACUCCCUGUGCAGGUAUUUUGUUGGUGUGUUAGACAAAGACUCUGGGCAGCUUGAUGUCUACAACGCUGAAAUAUUCAACAUGCAGCCCUUGCUGUCAGAUAACUUAAUACCUGAUGACACAAAGGAUUACCAGACUAAAUCCUACAGAGAGAAGAUGGACUUGUGUAUUGAGGCCUUUGGUACCAGCAAGCAGAAGCGAGCUCUCAGCUCUCGGCGAAUGAACGCAGUGGGCAAUGAUAUUCUCAGUACCGCUGUGACAAAAGCAGCAGCAAACAUUAUAGAUGCAAAGGGAGUAACAGCUUUGAUCCAGGACGUGGCCCAAGAUGAUGAACAGAACAUCUCCAUCUUCCUCCCUCCGUGUAAUGAAGAUGCUGACAAACCAGCAGAUGUUUACAAGUUUGAGGACAUUUUGUCCCCAGCAGAGUAUGAAGCGCUGCAGGUUCCAGCAGCAGUCUUUGUUAACAUCACACCAGAAGAAAUUGCCAAGAAAACAGAAGAUAAAAGCCAUUGCUCGUUUGUUUUAGAGGAGCUGAAGUUCCUGCCUGCUGAUGAGAAGAGCCGAGAUCACAAAGCCCGAUGUCUCUGGUUCCUGGAUACCCUUAUUAAGUUCAGCUACCUGAAAGUGAUCAAGAAGAAGCAUCCAAUGGGUCCUGAAUGCCCACACAUUAUUAGCAGGAAACUCAUGAAGAAUUUCACAUCACUGACCUACAACAAUGGCAGCAUCCAGAAUGUAAUCUCUGCAUCCAUGAAGGCUAAAAUCACAGCAUACGUCAUUGCAUUGGCUCUGCACAUUAACAACUUUCAGACAGACCUCACUGUCCUGCAGAAUGACCUGAAGCUCCAGGAAAGUAGGAUGAUGGACAUUGCAAGGGCCAUGCGGCUGAAGGUUUCCAAGGCAAAGGGGCUGCCGGGACUUGAGAAUGAUCAAAACCACAAGUUGGGCACCCUGUCUCUUCCCUUGCCUGUGCAGAAGGCAUCAGGGAGCCAACGGAAGCGCAAGAAAAUGAAUUAGAAUGUCUGGGAAGUCUGAGAAGGGCAGAAUGUUUCCUUUCUCAACAGCUGUUGUGCUCACAGAUAGUCAUGGGGAUGCAUUUGGCUGCCCAGCAUCAACCACCCUGCUGAAGCGCUGUCGUGAGGCUGGACUGGAACAAACAUUCGCCUCAUUAAACUGCUGCUUUUUUCUAUUUAUGUAGAAAAAGCUGUAAUAAAACUUCUGUCUUUUUUUC